AUGGCAAACGUGGGGGAAUCCUACGCCUACGGUGCCUCCACCGAUGCGUCGUCGAGCCCGUUCGCCAAGGCGAAAGCACAACUCGAACGAAGAGUGCAAACUAUAUUAGAUCGCUCUGUCCCGUUCAUCGCCCAGCGUUGGUCGUUCUACGCCUUUGUGGCGUUCGUGUACGCCGUGCGAGCGUACUUCUUGAAGGGGUACUACAUCGUCACGUACGGACUGGGGAUUUAUAACCUCAAUCUGUUGAUCGGGUUCUUGUCGCCGCAGCGCGACCCUGAGUCAUUGCGGAGUGGAAACGAUGGACAAGAUGGUCCGUCUUUACCGACGAGGAACGAGCAGGAGUUUAAACCGUUCGUGCGAAGACUCCCAGAGUUUAAAUUUUGGUGGAUGAGCCUGAAAUCGAUCGGCACGGCGUUUUGCAUGACGUUUUGCCCGGUGUUCGACGUGCCGGUGUUCUGGCCGAUCUUGUUGAUGUACUUUUUUAUGCUCUUCUUCAUGACGAUGAAGCAGCAGGUGAAACACAUGAUUAAACAUAAGUACGUGCCGUUUACGACGGGGAAGCCGACGUUCGGUGGGGGAUCGAGCGUCGGCGCGAGUGGGUUGCAGAAGAACUCAGACUAA